AUGGUUAACUUCACAAGUCCAGAACCGAUGGAAUGCAACCCAGUUGACAAUGAUCGUAAACCAAAAAAGGUUAACCACAAAAUUGCUGAUCACCAAAACAACUAUGCCCCGGCAGAGGUAAAACAUGACACGGCCGAAUUUGAUGAUGAAUUCGAUGAUGAGGAAUUUGAUUUAAUCUACCGAAGGAACAAUAACAUCGCAUCACAAGAUUCGACCCCAGGAAGCCAGCAGAGUUUUGCGACGGGAAGCUUCAGCAAUGAGAACUUUGACAACCUCGCAGAAAGAAAUGCAGCUGAAUUCGCCGCAAAAGAAAAGGAGACCAGAGAAAAAGAAGAUAAAUCUGAAAAAGACAGAAGAGCAGACCAGAAAGAGCAAACAACUGAAAGCGAACGAAAGAAACACGCAGAAGUACAAGAAAGAACAAGUUUCAUCGCGUCCCAGCAAGAAACGGUAAUUGAUUGCACGCAGGCGCGUCAGGAGACAGCAGAGACGUCGGUAUUAAGACGAGUCGACACGCAGGAUUCGACCGAAGCAGAAAUUGAAGAGAGACGAGACCCGUGCUGUCUAAAAUACGAAAGAAUUAUAAUAAUGGACGAAAACGAAGGACCGUAUGAAGGAACGCCACCGUGCACAUUCCACGAAAGCUACUACAAGCGAUGGCUCAACAGUAUCAAAGAUAGAAGAAGCGGCGGAAAGGCAAAUAGAGAAAAAGCAGUGGGAAAGGCAGAAAAGAAAAGAUUCGCGCCCUACUGGAACUACGAUCCAAGCAAGUACGAAAAUAAGACAGUCGAGCUUCCUAAAACGCAUGUUACCAAAGAAUAUUUUGACGAGAAAGAAAUGUAA